GCAUACAAACCACAUCAUAACAAGAUGGGAUGCAGCACUGCCAGGAUCAUGAAUUAUGGUGCUGGUGAAUGAAGAAUUUGUAACAUGGACCAGUGAAACUAUCCUCUGUCCACUAUCCACGUGAAGUGCAGAGGAAAUGUACGGAUGGACUGUAAAAAUGAGCAUGCCGAGUGUUUUGGCUGUGGCGAUGGUGUUUUUUAUGAUUCCUGGUGGGGUGCUGAGUGAUAUGAGAGGUACUCAGGGUCUGGAAGCCCAACAAUUGGCUCAGGGGUCCACUCAUUUGCACCGUCGCCUGAAGAGAGGCUGGAUCUGGAAACAGCUGUUUGUCCCCGAGGAAGAUCCUACUCCUCGUGUUAUUGGCCAGCUCAAAUCUGAUUCUGAUCAAGGUGAGUCUUCCAUCAAGUACAUAUUAUCAGGAGAAGGUGCUGGAGAUGUGUUUGAAAUAAACGAGUAUACUGGGGAAAUCCGGACACUGAAGAAGCUUGACCGUGAGGAAAAGGCGUUCUAUGUGCUCCAAGCCCAGGCCAUCAAUAGAUGGUCCAACGAACCAGAGGAGCCCCAGUCAGAGUUCAUCAUCACAGUGCAGGACAUUAAUGACAAUGUCCCCCAGUUCCAGAAUGAGCCAUAUGUGUCCAGCAUUCCUGAGAUGUGUCCAAUUGGGACCACAGUGGCACAGGUGACAGCCACAGAUGCUGAUGAUCCCAUGUUUGGAAACAACGCCAAGCUCAUCUACUCCAUCCUGCAGGGGGAACCUUACUUCUCUGUGGAGCCAAAGACCGGGAUUAUUGUAACAUCUUGGCAAAAUAUGGACCGUGAAGCCAGAGAGCAGUACCAGGUGGUGGUGCAGGUGAAGGAUAUGCUGGGUCUCAGCGGCGGUUAUUCCUCUUCCACUACGGUUACGGUCAGCUUGACUGAUGUCAAUGACAAUGGACCCACAUUCCAGCAGCACCUUUACACCUUUGCUGUCCCCGAAAACGCAGCCAUCGGCACCACGGUAGGCAGAAUCAUGGCAGAGGAUGGAGACACUGGCAUCAAUGCCAAAAUGACCUACAGUCUGGAGGGUGAACUGGAAGAAAGCACCUUUAUCAUUAAAACAGACCCAGUAACACAAGAGGGAGUGAUUCUACUGGCCAAGCCUUUGGACUUUGAAGUUAAGAGACGUUUCGACAUGACCGCUGAGGCGGUCAAUGACCACGUGGACACUCGUUUUCUGAGUCUGGACGACUUCACUGAUAGGACGACAGUGAAAGUCAUUGUGAAAGAUGAGGAUGAGCCACCUGUUUUCCUCUCGCCAGUCUACGAGUGGAAACUUCCUGAAAAUGCAGCUGUGGGAACUGUGGUUGGCAGCGUUAGUGCUAGAGACACUGACACUGUCAACAAUCCCAUCAGAUACUCUGUUGACAAAAGGAGCGAUACCACAAAAGCUUUUAAAAUAGACCCAAACAAUGGAACGAUAACUGUCGCUAAGUCUUUGGACCGAGAGACUGCAGCCUGGCACAAUGUGACAGUUGAAGCUAAGGAAACAACGCAGAACCAUUUAUCCUCCUCUGUGGUGGUGUUCAUCAAAGUACUGGACAUAAACGACAAUGUGCCAAGGCUUGCAAGAGAUUACCAGCCAUAUAUCUGUGAGGGGACGCAGGCAGGAGAACUCAUUCAACUGCUCAGCGCUGUUGAUCCAGACGACCCUGUCGAAGGACAUCAUUUCUACUUUUCUAUGGUCCCCGAGAAGCGCAUUAAUCCAAACUUCACAAUCAGAGAUAAUCAAGACAACACAGCUGGAAUCGUGGCACGCCGGAGUACUUUCACCCGUAAGGAUCGAACCCAGUACCUUUUGCCUGUGGUGGUGGCAGACAGUGGCUCUCCAGCCCUCUCCGGUACUAGCACUCUGACCAUUAGUGUGUGCAGCUGUCAGCCUGCAGGUCAUUGUCCCACAGGAGGGGUGGAAGCCCUUGCUCUCUCCAUGGGGGUGAGCCUACAAACCUUGUUAGGGAUUCUGUUCUGCCUGGUCACACUCACAGUGCUGUCAGUCGUAAUGGUGAUGGUGAGGAGACACAGGAGAAAACAGCAGGAGGGACGUGAGGUGGAGGUGAAGGAGCUGGAGCUGCCUGAGACUGUGUCGCAGAAGGUGUUUUAUUAUGGAGAAUCGGGAGUUGGAGGAGUGGAGCUGGACUUCUGCCAACCUACUGUCCCAAUGCGUCCCCGCCCCAGGAGAAGGGAGAGGAGGAUGCGAAGGGAAGACGUCAGGGCCAGCAUACGAAUGUCCCUCCGAGAGUCGCACCUCAUUGGCCCGGAGGAUGAGGUCUUCAGGCAGUUUAUUCUGGACAGGCUGGCAGAAGCUGAUCAAGAUCCUUAUGCUCCUCCUUUCGACUACCUUCAAACUUAUGCAUAUGAAGGGUCGGGGUCUCCCACAGGAUCUCUGAGCUCACUGGACUCUUCUACUUUGGAGUCCGACCAGUCUGUUUGUAAUCCCAGACCCUCUUUAGCAAGACUCACACCAUGGUACGGUGCAAGAGAGGAAGACACACUCUUUUAAUCUGAUUUAUUAAACAAGCGCUCCUGUUCCUGAGUGGAUGUCCAAGAAGCACUCAUGAAGAACAUGCAGUCCAAAUCCAUGUUAGAUUACUGGUGAGUCUAAAUUGGCCUUAUGUGUGAAUGUGAGAGUGAAUGUGAUCUGUCUCUCUUCAGCAAUAGAACGGCGACCUGUCCAGGGAGUGCCCCGCCUCCUGCUCUAUGAUGGAUGUGUUAAGAGUU